GUCGAGGGCGUCGGGCUGCGCGUAUGAAGACACGAUUGUGCGCAAGUACAAGGUGUGGACCAACAUGUCGGACCCGGCAGACCAUCCAAGCCUGUGCGGUGGCCUCUGGGACAACCUCAACGGCAAGGGCUACUGCGGCAUCAUGACACAUGGCGCAUCAUGCGGGACCGAGUCGGAGGGUUCCAACAGGCUCGUCUGGUGGUUUACCGUCGCGCUGUGGUGCCGCUCACGUGACAUCCGCGAGGUCUGGGCGGCCGCGACGGGCAUGCAAUACGGUGAGAUACAGUGCUCCAACCUGUACCCGUACUACCAGGAUCUGCCAUGCGCUGGGUACGAGGACAGCGUCUGGGGGUAUGACAAGCCGCCGGGCUGCACGCCUUCUCCGACCCCCCAAUAGCCGGAACAGAUCGUGUCUAGGGAGGGAUGCACCGCAGACAUGAUAUUGACUGUGGGUAGGAGGUGGUUACGGCAGGCUGUCAAGUUGGCCAUGUGUGGAUC